CGCUCGCUGCUUCCCAGUCCCCGAGUCGUCGCCGCUGCCGCCGCCCGCACCCGCGGCUGGACCGGCCCGCGCGCUCCCCGGGGUGCGCCCACCUCGGUCCCGCGCCCUCCGGGCUCGCAGGGACACCCUCCUCCCCGCGCGUCGCGGCCCCGCCCGGCUCGGCCCCCGCCCCGCGCCCGAGAGCGCCGAGGAUGUGAGUCCUGCCCGCCGCUGCCGGAGCAGCAGCCACUCGCGCGCGGAGCCCGAGCGCAGCGCAGCUCAGCUGCGGGCGCUCGUUGGGUCGCUCGCGCGGGCUGCGCGCUCCUGCCCCAAGCGGUGUCCCUCCCCGGCCUCUCGCCGGCCCCAGCGCCGCGGCAGCCCCGAGGGCCGUCCCCGGCCGGCCAUCCCCGGCCCCAGCGCCGCUGACCCUGUCCUCCGCGGGCGGGGACGCGGGCGGAGGAGGUGCCGCCUCGGAGCCCCCGGACGCGACCAUGUCGGAGGUCCUGCCCUACGGCGACGAGAAGCUGAGCCCCUACGGCGACGGCGGAGACGUGGGCCAGAUCUUCUCGUGCCGCCUGCAAGACACCAACAACUUCUUCGGCGCCGGGCAGAGCAAGCGGCCGCCCAAGCUGGGCCAGAUCGGCCGGAGCAAGCGCGUUGUUAUUGAAGAUGAUAGGAUUGAUGACGUGCUGAAAACCAUGACCGACAAGGCACCUCCUGGUGUCUAACUGCCCCAAAGACAAUGUGUUGAGGGAAAGCGUAAGAAGAGUGAAGGGGCUGUGACAGUUACUGACAAAAAGCAUGAGGAGGAGAAAGCACUUUGAAAUUCAUUAUUAGCCUGCUACCUGCGAUGAAAUCGACAACCUGUGUCUCAAGUCAGGCCGGGAGACAGAGACAGAUGAGGUGGGGGGAGGAGGAGGAGGAGGAGGAGGAGGAGGAGGAGGAGGAGGCGGCGGCGGCGGCGGCGGCGGCAGCAGCUCUGGGCUCCUCUACAAAAAUAAAAGUUUAAAAAAAACACACAAAAAGUUAAAAAAAUAAAAUAAAAAAUAAAAAUCACUAUAUACACACACAUAUAAAAGAAAAAAGUCUCAGUUGCAGCUAUUUGUCGAAAUUAAUACCUGUUUCUUUUUAUAUAUGGUAAAUAUUGUGCAAUUAUAGGUCUGGAUUUUGAAAGCAGCACCACAUGAAAGGUGCUUGUGCUCUUUGCUGAUUUGGCUGUCCCCAAUGUUUACAUUAUUUAAUCUUGCAAAACUGAUCCUGUGUACUUGGAUGUGACAUGCCGUCUAGUCCAGUUCUAUUUUUUUAAAUGUUGUUUAUUCUUGGAUGUACAAAAGAAAAUUGGGGGAGGGGGGAUGAUCUCUGUAGAUACUGUUAUACUUUGGCCAUCUUUGAAGUUCCCCGGAAAUGAAACCCAUUUUAAAAGCAAAAAGUCAGUUUUUCUAAGGAAUGAUGCUUGGGAAAGCCCCUUUCUUGUCUUCUUUUCAAGAGACAACUGAAAAGCUGGUGCUUCCUUGUUGCAGUAAAGCUCUUUGCCCAGUUUAACACCAUGGAUGGGCUUUAUAUGUCAGAAAGAAGGAGAAGGAGAAGAAGAAGAAGAAAAAGAAGAAGAAGAAGACCAUGCUUCAGCCUUUUCUAACCUCUCCGUCGGGGUCUGUUGUACGAACCCCUUUCUUCUUCAAUCUUGUGUCACUUUAUUCAUUCUCUUUAAUGGACUGUAAAACAACAACAACAACAACGACAACAACCAUGUAAUCACAAGAGUGCCAAAUACCUUGAAACGCCAAAAGGCAUUUUGGUUUCCUUUUCUCUCCUGUGCUCUGAGUCCUUGUAUAGGAAUGCUUGGAGUGUCUUUUCUGUUAUUUAUAGGGGUUCUCGUAAGGCUCGCCAGCUGCCUGUUUUGCAUGAUAUUUGCAAAAAAAAAAAUGCCUCUUGCGUGAGGAAUCUUACUUUUUUUCUUUUUUAUUUGUUUGCAACUUUGGACCUCCAGAGGUUCCAUCCCUCCCUCCCAGUUCCUUCUUUUCUUAAUUCUAUAUUCUGUAUGUUGCACCUUGAACCAGCACACAGGGCUAUUUCUCCAAUGUACAAUAAAGAUCUCUUCCUGUGUCUA